AAUUGCAGAUAAAGUCAGUCCUAUCUUAGCUAAAUUUAUUAACCUAUCAGUGUCUAGUCAUAUAUUUCCUAAUAAAUUAAAAGAGUCCUUGGUUCGUCCAGUCCAUAAAAAGGGUGAUCGUAAGAAUUUUAACAAUUAUAGACCUAUAGCAAUAUUAUCAAGUAUUGACAAAAUAUUUGAAAAAUGUGUUGUCAAUCAGGUCGCAUCUUUUCUACAAAAAAAUAGUAUAUUAAAUAGAAGUCAGCAUGGUUUUCAAAAAAACAAAAGUACAAAUACGUUAUUGUCAAAUUUCACAGAUGAAAUAAAUACAUACUUAGAAGAUAAGAAGUUUGUUGUUGCUAUAUUCUACGAUUUUAAAAAGGCGUUUGAUACACUCGAGACGAAUACCCUUUUGAAUGGAAUGGACGAAUGCGGUGUGAGCAAACCGUUGAACGAUUGGUUUCGUGAUUAUCUCUCAUCGCGCUCUUAUCGUGUUAAACUGGGCGACACACUUAGCGACGAGAGUAAAGUGAAUUGCGAGGUACCACAAGGGUCAAUCUGUGGGCCGGUGUGCUAUCUCAUGCACGUCAACAGCCUAUGUGGCGUCCUACGCCAUUGCUCAGCCCAUAUGUUUGCUGACGAUCUCUGUACACUCCUUGCUGGUACCAACCUCAAGGAUACGUGCCGCUUGGUGCAAGAAGAUGUAGACGCAGUUGUGAAAUGGUCCCAUGACAAUGGCAUUGUAUUAAACUCCGAAAAAACUAAGCUACUCAUCAUUCAUUCACCUUUUUUGUAUCUCUCUGAUUCACCUCCUUCUUUAUUCACUCAUAGCUUUAACUGUAUACAUAAUAACUUCAUCAAUUGCGAAUGUAAACCUAUAGAAAAAGUAAACUGUGUAACUUACCUUGGAGUUAAAGUAGAUUGUAACUUUUCUUGGUCAGCUCAUAUAGACUAUAUUAUCAAUAAAUUAAGAUUGUUGCUUAGCAAAUUUUACCACUUAAGUUUCAAAGUUCCUCUUAGCACGUUAAAAUGUAUAUACUUUGCAUUAGUAGACUCAAUCUUGGGUUAUGCCCUUGAUUGCUAUGGCCUUACAUUCAAAACCUAUAUUGACAAAUUAGAAGCAAUACAAAUCAGAUUUCUAAAGUUACUGGUAAAUAAAAAGACUAAAAAUAAUUGCAAAGGAGACUACAGUAAAUUAUUCAAAAUUUGUAAAAUUCUUCCCGUACAUUUAAAACAUAAAUACCUUUUGGCUAUUAACCACCAUGGCAAUCAAGAGCAUGACCAACUAUCUUUAGCAAGCCAUAGCUAUGGCACGAGGUCGGUGUGCGCGGGCAAAUUCGAAGUCCCUAGAGUUAAUAAUUACUAUGGCGAUAGAACUCUAAAAAAGAGACUUCCCUAUUUGCUUAAUAGUUUGCCUGAGAACAUCCGUCUAGAACCAAAUAAAAGUAAAUAUAAAAAAUUACUUAAACAACACCUUCUAGACUCGUGUCCUAGCUAACUUAUUGUAUGUUAUUAAUUGACUAUUAGAUAUAAGUUUAUUAUUAGUAGAGACUCUUUUCCUGCAGACAAACUGUUUAAACAGUUUUGCAGGGCAUUGAUAAUUGUAUUUUUAGUAUUAAGAUUUAAUAAAAUAAAUAAAUAAAUAAA